AUGAAAGUUUACAAUUUAUUUCUUAUUGCUAAUUUGGCAAAUGGUUUAACCAUUAAUCCUGCUUCUGCUCAACCAAGUAAUGAUGUUUCAUCUCAAGUUGAUGCUGCUGAUGCUGCUGCUGCUAAUGGUAAUGGUGGUGGUGAUGGUAUGAAGACUAAACAUUCUUUUUCUAAAGGAAUUUCCAUUAGAAAAGAUCUUGCUCAAGAUUCUGAGAAACAACAACAACAACAACAACAACAACAACCAUCAUUGGAAGAUCUUUCUCAAUUUUCUUUUGAUGCUUCAUCUUUGAAAAAUGUCAUGGGUGAAGAUGGUGGUCCUAAAGUUGAAUUGGCUGCUCGAGGAUUUGGUGAAAUUUUUUGGCAAUUGUUAACUUUGGGUAAAGAAUUGACUAUGGAAAAAGUUGCCAUUUUGAAAGAUAUUUUGAGUUUAUUGGAUAAACUUAAACAAUUUAAAAAGGAUGGUUAUAAAGCUUUGGUUCCUGAAUGGGAUGGUAUUUAUCAACCAGUUGCUCCUGCCCCAGGUCCAGGUCCAAGUCCAGGUCCAGGCCCAGGUUCUGCUCCCAAAGGUGAUGUUGUUAAUGUUGAAAAUUGGAGUUUUAAUCCUGAUCAACAACAAGUGGAAUCUCUUUCUAAGAAUGAUAAUGAUAAUGAAUCUGAAACUUUGGAUAAACGUGAUGCCGAAGAUGAUGAAGAAGUUACUGCUGCUAUUGAUUUAGGCAAAUGGAAAUCUAAAUUAGGCGGUAUGAAAGGUGGUAUGAAUAAAGGUGGUGGUAAAAGUGGCAUGGGUAAAGGUGGUGGUAAAAGUGGUGGCAAAGGUGGUGCCAAAAAAGGUGGUUUGAAUAAAGGUGGAAAAGGCGGCAAAGGUGGUGGUAAAGUAAAACCAUCAAAGCCUAGUUUUGAAGAAGAAUGCCUGGAAGAAGAAACUUAUUCUUCAUCAUCUGAAGAAGAAUGUGAUGAAUUUAAUAAUGGAAAAUUCAAGGGUAAAAAUACUGUUUAUGGAAACAAAAAGAAUCAAUUAGAUAAACGUGAUGCCGAAGAUGAUGAAGAAGUUACUGCUGCCAUCGAUAUUGGUAAAUGGAAAUCUAAAUUAGGAGGCAUGAAAGGUGGUAUGAAUAAAGGUGGUGGUACUGGUGGUAUGAACAAAGGUGGUAAAGGUGGCAAAGGUGGAAUGAAUAAAGGUGGAAAAGGUGGAAAGACCACACAGCCAGUUGAAGAGGAAUGCCUGGAAGAAGAAUACUCCACUGAAGAAGAAGAAUGUGAUGAAUUCAAUAAUGGUAAAGGAAAUACUGGUAAAGGAGGUAAAGGUGGAAAAGGUGGAAAAAGUGGGAAAAAUAACAAGGGUUCCAGCUGGAAAGCAAAACGUGAAGAAGACGAAGUUACUGCUGCCAUCGAUAUUGGUAAAUGGAAAUCUAAAUUAGGAGGCAUGAAAGGGGGAAUGAAUAAAGGCGGUGGUAAAGGUGGUAUGAACAAAGGAGGUAAAGGUGGUAUGAAUAAAGGCGGAAAAGGUGGAAAGACCACACAGCCAGUCGAAGAGGAAUGCCUGGAAGAAGAAUACUCCACUGAAGAAGAAGAAUGUGAUGAAUUCAAUAAUGGUAAAGGAGGUAAAGGUGGAAAAGGUGGAAAAAGUGGAAAAAGUGGAAAAAAUAACAAGGGUUCCAGCUGGAAAGCAAAACGUGAAGAAGACGAAGUUACUGCUGCUAUCGAUAUUGGUAAAUGGAAAGCCAAACUUGGUGGAAUGAAAGGUGGAAUGAAUAAAGGCGGUGGAACUGGUGGUAUGAAAGGUGGUAAAGGUGGCAAAGGUGGAAUGAAUAAAGGUGGAAAAGGUGGAAAGACCACACAGCCAGUUGAAGAGGAAUGCCUGGAAGAAGAAUAUUCUACUGAAGAAGAAGAAUGUGACGAGUUUAACAAUGGUAAAGGAAACGCUGGUAAAGGUGGUAAAGGUGGUAAUGGUGGUAAAGGUGUUAAAGGUGGAAAAGGUGGUAAUGGGAAGGGUUGGAAAGUCAAGCGUGGUGAAAAUCAUUCAGAUGGAAAUAAACACGACGGACAUCAUAAAGGCAAUAAAGAAGAUAAUCAUCAUGAUUCAGAUUGUGAAUGUGGCUACUCUUCAUCUGAUGAUGAACAUGAAAAGCCAAAAGUAAUUGAUAGAAAGAAGCAAGAUCAUGAGAGAAAGAAACAAGAAGAUCAUGAGAGAAAAAAGCAAGAAGAUCAUGAGAGAAAGAAACAAGAAGAUCAUGAGAGAAAAAAGCAAGAAGACCAUGAGAGAAAGAAGCAAGAAGACCAUGAGAGAAAGAAGCAAGAAGACCAUGAGCAUGAGAAACAAAAGGAACAUGAGAGAAAGAAACAAGAAGACCAUGAACAUGAGAAACAAAAGGAACAUGAAAGAAAGAAACAAGAAGACCAUGAACAUGAGAAACAAAAGGAACAUGAAAGAAAGAAACAAGAAGACCAUGAACGUGAAAAGGAAGAUCAUGAACAUGAAAAACAGAAGGAACAUGAAAAGGAAAAGGACCAUGGAAAGGAAAAAGACCAUGGAAAAGAAAAAGAUCAUGAAAAGGAAAACAACCAUGAGAAAGAAAAACCUAAAGACCAUGGUAAAAAGAAAGAACAUGAUGGUUUCAAGUAUGAAGAUUGUGAUGAAUUUUUUGGUGACCAUAAGAAAGGUAAGCAUGGAAAUGAUAAGCGUGAAUCCAAUAAUGAAGAUGAAGAUGAAGUCACUGCAUCAAUUAAAAUUGGUAAAUUGAAAGGGUUUCUUGAAAAAGGUGAAAAAAAUACUAAAGAUAAUCAAGAAACUAAAAAAACUAAAGAAAUUGAUUGCGAAGAUGAAAAAGAAAAUAAAGGGGGGUUAAAACCUGAAUUAGGUAAAGGUGGACCCAAAGCUGGACCCAAAGCUGGACCCAAAGCUGGACCCAAAACUGGACCCAAAGGUAAUAAAGGCAAUAAAAGUGGUGCUGAAAAACCAUAUGAAUCUGGGUCUGAAUCGGAAUCUGAAUCUGAAUGUGAAUGUUUUGAAGAAGAAGAAGGAAAUUUUAAGAAAGGAAAAGAUGGUGGUAUCAAAGGUGGAUAUGCAAGAGGUUAUGGUAAAGAUGGAAAUGCGAGCAAUCGCAAAAGCAAAGGUGGGAAGUUUUGA